GUUCUUCCUCUGUUGUUACUCUCAGAAUACCAUGUAUCUGAACGUGAUUGUCUAUAACAAAACACGAAACUUUGUCGGGCAAACAAUUGAAAUAAAUAUUUCGGCAAUGGAUACCAUCAAAACAUUGAAGGAGAAGAUAAUGGAAAAAACGGAUAUCCCAAUCGGAAUACAGGAUAUUAUAUUCGGAGUCCAAAGCCUGGGCGAUGCACAAACAAUCAAAAACCACCAUAUCGAAGAUGGAUACACCGUAUAUUCUACGCCGAGUUAUGUUGAAAUACCACAGCAGCCAUCACUUUAACAACGCUUAUCAGUUGCAUUUUUACUUUUCAUGCUAAAUGCAGAUAAUAAAC